AUGGGACGCGCUCGUCAUAUGGUACGACUUCUGGGACACGCCAUCUUUUUUCUGGGCUGGAUGAGACAGCAGCACCAAGUCCGCGCGCAGCAACAACAGCAACACCGAGCCACACCCGAGAGCACUCCAUCCACUAGAUCCCCAGAAGGCUUUGGCCCUCCUUUGACCGCUGCCGAGCACACGGUUGGUAAGCAAUUUCAGUCUGUGCCACAUGUUUGCGUGGAACAAGAGGAAUGCAACAACAACGGAGAGAAAACAACACCGGAACGGAUCACGGUACCGGAGAGUACUCUGAUUACUGCGACGGAAAAAGGGGCUUCUAUUGCAACAAUGGCAGAAGAAGUGUGCGCGGCGGAAUCCUUAUCGGUUGACCGACUCCGCCAGCUCCUUUCGGAAGAAGACGAAGAAGACGAUCGAACGCUACUCGACGUCUUCGGAGAAGUCACCAAGGAAUACCUGACAACCAAAGUGAUUCCGGAUACAGACUCAUCAUGUCGUUGGGAUUGGCGGUCAACGCAGUGUGAACCAGCCUGCGCCUGUUCUUUUGAGGCACAGUGGGGCGAUUAUCAUUUGGGACGAUCAUGCCGGCGCCGCUUCGACUACCGUGAAUUGGAUAUGCUAAAGGACGAUAGCGGAGCGCCCAUAGCUUUUUGCGAAAUUGAUGCUUCGCAGUUCUGGAAGAACCGACCAGCAACAAAGCGCAUCGUUUCUCUCGUGACGCAAACCGUCGAGAUUCUCCAGAGAAAGGUGCGGCACCUCACGAGAAAACUUUCACAUGGUUUGACCAAUAAAGUAACGCGAUGGCAACAGCAAACCUGCGGCGAUUUAUGGGCGCUCCACCAAUCGGUCGGGCAUGUGUGUCUGCCGGAGAGACAAAUACCUAGCAAAACAAUUGCCGAGAAACUAUUGUGCGGACCGGUUGAGUUUGAAAUAUGUGAAGACAACGAACACGAAAAUGUUGCUCGAAAAGUGUUUGCGGCAUUAUGA